AGUCACGUGACGAGAUGUUGCCAACAUGGCGGCGCAGUGCUGAGGUAGCAGCUCCGUACACCUUCACUCUCCUUGUGGAGUUUUAAUUCAUGCCGUUUAACCGUCUCGGAGCGUGGGAUUCCGUUGGCAAUGGCGAUCUGAAGCACGGAAAGCAAUGCAACAGAAGGAGGAAAGCAGCAAAACCAAGAGCAUGUUUUUGUCCCGGGCUUUAGAGAAAAUCCUCUCCGAUAAGGAGGUGAAGCGAGCUCAGCACAGUCAGCUAAGGAAAGCCUGUCAGGUAGCACUAGAUGAAAUCAAAGCAGAACUGGAAAAACAAAGGGAUGGCAGUGUGGUUCCACCUAAAGCUAACUACAUCGAAGCAGAUAAGUAUGUGCUGCCAUUCGAGCUGGCCUGCCAAUCGAAAUCCCCACGUGUGGUCAGCACCUCCCUGGACUGCUUGCAGAAGCUGAUUGCUUAUGGCCACAUAACAGGCAAUGCUCCUGACAGUGGGGCGCCAGGCAAACGCCUCAUAGACCGGAUUGUGGAAACUGUCUGUAACUGCUUCCAGGGGCCGCAGACAGAUGAAGGGGUCCAGUUACAGAUAAUUAAGGCCCUUCUCACCACGGUGACGUCUCCCCACAUCGAGAUCCACGAAGGGACCAUUUUGAUGACCGUGCGGACGUGCUACAACAUCUACCUGGCCAGUAAGAACCUCAUCAACCAGACCACAGCCAAGGCCACGCUGACCCAGAUGCUCAACGUCAUCUUCGCCCGGAUGGAGAGCCAGGCAACCCUGGAAACCCGUGAGCUGGAGAAGGCGAGACACUGGCAGCACCAAGCACGGCAGUCGCCCGUCCCUGCGGCUCCCGCUGGCUCUCCCAGGCUCGACGCCCCUGUGCACCCGGAGCACCGGCAGCCUCCCGAGCCGCAGAGCGAGCCCGCGCCCGACGCCCAGCUGCCCGCAGGGGGAUCCUCGGAGCAUCUCAACGGAGAGCCGGUAGAAGGCAGCCCGGGGACUGGCGAGGCCCAGGACCGGACCUCUGAUCCGUCCCAAGAAAAUGCUGAGGUUCCUAAGACAGAACCACAUGCUUCCGCAGAGCCUGCAGGGGAGGUACAGGAAUCUGAUCCAGUGCCUGGAAAAGAUGCCGAAGAGCCAUUGGGUGACAGUGAGCAGCAGGUCUCAGAAAGCAAGGACCUCAGGCCUCCUUCCGACAGAACAGAAACUGCACAAACUAAUGGCAUUGUCGACGACCGGGCGUCAGUCUCCUCUACUGACAUUUUGGACACGGAUGCAGCGCACGGCCCUCCUACAGCCAGAUUCUCCCACAUCCUGCAGAAAGAUGCCUUCCUCGUCUUCCGAUCUCUCUGCAAGCUCUCCAUGAAGCCGCUGGCUGACGGACCCCCAGACCCAAGGUCCCAUGAGCUGCGGUCGAAGGUGGUGUCCCUGCAGCUCCUGCUGUCCGUGCUGCAGAGUGCAGGCCCCGUGUUCCGCACUCACGAGAUGUUCGUCAAUGCCAUCAAGCAGUACCUCUGUGUGGCCUUGUCCAAGAACGGGGUCUCCUCCGUGCCUGAUGUUUUCGAGCUCUCCUUAGCCAUUUUCCUCACACUUCUGUCCAACUUCAAGAUUCACCUGAAGAUGCAAAUUGAGGUUUUCUUCAGAGAGAUUUUCUUGACUAUCUUAGAGACAUCCUCAAGUUCCUUUGAACACAAGUGGAUGGUCAUUCAGACACUAACCAGGAUCUGUGCAGAUGCCCAGUGUGUAGUGGAUAUCUAUGUGAACUACGAUUGCGACUUGAAUGCUGCUAAUAUUUUUGAACGGCUCGUUAAUGAUCUGUCAAAGAUAGCCCAGGGUAGAAGCGGCCAGGAACUGGGAAUGACGCCACUACAGGAGCUGAGCUUGAGGAAAAAAGGGCUCGAGUGUUUGGUGUCCAUUCUGAAGUGCAUGGUGGAAUGGAGCAAAGACCUGUAUGUCAACCCCAAUCUUCAGACUAACCUGGGCCAGGAGAAGCCCCCGGAGCAGGAGAGUGGGGAGAGCAGGCCCCUGGAAUCGUGUACGCGCCGGGACAGCGUCAGCUCCAUGGACUCCACGGUGUCCUCAGGAAUCGGCAGCGCCAGCACGCAGGCCUCUCUGGCGGACGACCCCGAGCAGUUUGAGGUCAUGAAGCAGCAGAAAGAGAUCAUUGAGCAUGGCAUUGAAUUAUUCAAUAAGAAACCAAAGAGAGGCAUUCAGUAUCUGCAGGAGCAGGGGAUGCUCGGCACGCUGCCCGAGGACAUUGCUCAGUUCCUGCAUCAAGAGGAACGGCUGGAUACAACCCAGGUGGGAGAGUUUCUGGGGGAAAACAUCCGCUUCAACAAGGAGGUGAUGUACUCCUAUGUGGACCAGCUGGAUUUCUGCGGCAAGGACUUCGUCUCAGCGCUCCGGAUAUUCCUGGAGGGCUUCCGGCUGCCUGGAGAAGCACAAAAAAUCGACAGGCUGAUGGAGAAAUUUGCUGCCAGAUAUCUGGAGUGCAAUCAGGGGCAAACCCUGUUUGCAAGCGCGGACACAGCGUAUGUUUUGGCCUAUUCCAUCAUCAUGUUGACCACAGACCUUCACAGUCCUCAGGUGAAAAACAAAAUGACCAAGGAGCAGUACAUCAAGAUGAAUCGAGGGAUCAACGAUAGCAAGGAUCUGCCCGAGGAGAAUCUGUCUGCAAUAUAUGACGAGAUUGCUGGAAAAAAGAUUGCCAUGAAGGAAAGCAAAGAGUAUUCCAUCACGCCCAAAUCCAACAAGCAGAACGUGGCCAGCGAGAAGCAGAGGAGGCUGCUUUACAACCUGGAGAUGGAGCAGAUGGCGAAGACGGCCAAGGCCCUGAUGGAGGCAGUGAGCCAUGCGCAGGCGCCCUUCACCAGUGCCACCCACCUGGAGCACGUCAGGCCCAUGUUCAAGCUCGCCUGGACCCCUCUCCUGGCCGCCUUCAGCAUCGGUCUGCAGGACUGUGACGACCAGGAGGUGGCGUCGCUUUGCCUGGAGGGAAUCCGGUGUGCCGUGAGGAUUGCCUCCAUAUUUGGUAUGCAGCUCGAGAGAGACGCCUACGUUCAGGCUCUGGCUCGUUUUACGCUGCUCACGGCCAGCUCCAGCAUCACCGAGAUGAAACAGAAGAACAUCGACACCAUCAAGACGCUGAUCACUGUGGCGCACACCGACGGGAACUACCUGGGAAACUCCUGGCAUGAGAUCCUGCGGUGCAUCAGCCAGCUGGAACUGGCGCAGCUGAUUGGGACGGGCGUCAAGACCCGCUACAUCUCCGGCAUGGUGCGGGAGAGAGAGGCCAGCAUCAAGGGCUUCCCAUCGGGCUCAGAGGAGUUCAUGCCUUUGGGCCUAGGGAAUCUUGUAGGGGGUCCGGAUAAGAGGCAGAUGGCCAGUAUUCAGGAGUCAGUAGGAGAGACCAGCUCACAGAGUGUAGUUGUGGCUGUGGACAGAAUAUUCACCGGAUCCACGAGACUCGAUGGCAAUGCAAUUGUUGAUUUUGUGCACUGGCUGUGCGCUGUGUCGAUGGACGAGCUGGCCUCCCCGCAUCACCCUCGCAUGUUCAGCCUGCAGAAGAUUGUGGAGAUCUCGUACUACAACAUGAACCGCAUCAGGCUGCAGUGGUCCAGGAUCUGGCAGGUCAUCGGCGAUCAUUUUAAUAAGGUUGGCUGCAACCCGAAUGAGGAUGUGGCCAUCUUCGCCGUGGACUCCCUGAGGCAACUGUCCAUGAAGUUCUUGGAAAAGGGAGAGCUGGCAAACUUCCGCUUCCAAAAGGACUUCCUCCGGCCCUUUGAGCACAUCAUGAAGAAAAACAGGUCUCCUACGAUCCGCGAUAUGGUGAUCAGGUGCAUCGCCCAGAUGGUCAAUUCUCAGGCUGCCAAUAUCCGGUCUGGGUGGAAGAACAUCUUCUCCGUCUUCCACCAGGCUGCCUCUGACCACGACGAGACUAUAGUGGAGCUGGCCUUCCAGACUACUGGACACAUUGUCGUGAGCACCUAUCAGAAGCAUUUUGCCGCAGCGAUUGAUUCAUUCCAGGACGCGGUCAAGUGUCUUUCCGAGUUUGUUUGCAAUGCGGCCUUCCCUGACACCAGCAUGGAGGCCAUACGGCUCAUUCGCCACUGUGCGAAAUACGUUUCGGAGAGGCCGCAGGCCUUGCGUGAAUACACCAGUGACGACAUGAAUGUGGCCCCGGGGGACCGGGUUUGGGUUCGAGGGUGGUUCCCCAUUCUUUUUGAGCUGUCCUGCAUUAUAAACCGCUGCAAGCUGGACGUGCGAACACGGGGCCUGACAGUGAUGUUUGAGAUCAUGAAGAGUUACGGACACACCUUCGAGAAGCACUGGUGGCACGAUCUCUUCAGGAUCGUGUUCAGGAUUUUUGACAACAUGAAGCUUCCUGAGCAGCAGACUGAGAAAACUGAGUGGAUGACUACAACAUGCAACCACGCCCUUUAUGCCAUCUGUGAUGUGUUUACUCAGUUUUAUGACCCUCUAAGCGAUGUCCUGCUCCCAGAUAUUUUUACACAGAUACAGUGGUGUGUCUCACAGGAUAACGAGCAGUUGGCUCGAUCGGGGACAAACUGCCUGGAGAACCUGGUCAUUCUGAAUGGGGAGAAGUUCAGCCCAGAGGUUUGGGAGCACACCUGUCUCUGUAUGCUGGACAUCUUCCACAACACCAGCCCCCAUGUCUUGCUAACGUGGAGACCUGCCAGCCAGGAAGAGGACACUGGAGAGAAACACAUGGAUGUGGAAGUGGACUCUCAUUCUCAAAGCAGCUACGAAAGGAAUCUUUCUGAUAGAGGUCAGAGCCAAAUGUCCAAUGCCAGUGAUGAGACCUGGAAAGGAAAAUCCUAUGCUAAAAUAGCAGACCAGAAGCUGUUUGCUUGGCUGCUCAUCAAGUGUGUGGUGCAGCUGGAGCUCAUUCAGACGAUUGACAACAUCGUCUUCUACCCGGCCACCAGCAAGAAGGAGGAUGCGGACAACAUGACUGCUGCUCAGAGGGAUGCUCUGGAUGAGGGAGCUCCGGAGGAGGUGGGAAGCCAGGGGAUGUACGGAUACAUGUCCUCUCUGCACCUCUUCAAGCUGCUGGACUGCCUGCUGGAAUCCCAUUCUUUCGCCAAGGCGUUCAACUCCAACAACGAGCAGAGGACUGCUCUUUGGAGAGCAGGAUUCAAGGGGAAAUCAAAGCCCAAUCUGUUGAAACAGGAGACCAGCAGCUUGGCCUGCUGUUUGCGCAUUCUGUUCCGAAUGUACAUGGAUGACAAGCUGAAGGAUUCCUGGAGUGCCAUACAGGCGCGACUCCUUCGGGUGUGCAGCGAAGCGCUAGCGUACUUCAUCACCCUGACUUCAGAGAGCCACCGAGAGGCCUGGACCAGCCUACUGCUCCUCCUCCUCACCAAGACACUGAAGCUCACCGAUGACAAGUUCAGAGACCACGCCUCCUGCUACUACCCUUACCUGUGCGAGAUCAUGCAGUUCGACCUGAUCCCCGAGCUCAGAGUGGUUCUGCGGCGCUUCUUCCUGCGGAUCGGGUCCGUCUUUAAGAUCUCCAGCGCCGAGGGGCAGCUUCGGCUGGUGGGGGACACGGAGCCAGGGAGAGUGGCGCCCGCCGCGGGGGUGUAGGGGACACCUGCCUGGAGCCUCCUAUCGAAGGGGUGAGGCGUCUCUGAAGCCCAGACCCAGCUCCCCCCGUACCAAAGUACUCCGCAGCCCGAGACUGAGCAGAAACCCCUUGGAAUGCUCGUAUUAAGUCAAUGAAAAGAAUAAUUUAUUAAUGAUAUUACAACCCAUAUGGCAGCAUUGAUCUUUUUUUUUUUUGUGUGAUACAAAGAUAUAAAAUGUAAAAUAAAAUUCCAAAAUAUUAUUUUCCCUCUUUAUGGAAUACUGUAAAACCUUUAUGCCUGAAAGUUAUGUGUAGUGUGCAGAGAGCUAUUUAAAACCAGUGCCUAUCAUUUUAAAAAUAAUCCCAUCCCGUGGCCCAGUGGAAGUGCAGCACUGCAACUUCAUUGGCAGUUGUUGCUGUCACACACUAUUUUUUCAGUUCUGAAUCUGGGGUCUCCUAGUCUCGCUGUGAAACUGAAUGUCUUGUAUAUUAGAUUCCUCUUGAAUUCCAAAUAAAACAAGUUUUGUCCUGGCGA